AUGAAUUCUGCUUUAAAGCCGGUGCUGCCCCAGCCGGGAGUGCCGCAGCCGGGCGGACAGGCGAGCCCCGCGAAGGGGAACGUGGCCACUGCGAACCACACCGUAGGGCACCCGCAGGGCGCUCAGAACUCGCUGCACCACCCCGGCAACAACCUCGUCGGCCAGAACCUGACGCAUCACGCGCCCGCGCCUCAAGUACCUCACGCGCCGCCCCCCAUGGCGCCGGUGUCUGCCAACAUGGCACAAAUGGCACAGAACAUGAGUCACCAUGGCAACCUCUCGCAUGUCACCCAGAACUCCGUCGGCCCCUCUAAUUUGGCCGCCAGCCCCACAAAAGGCAGCAACCCAGUCACUCCUCUCAGUCUCGUCCAGGACAAGGCUCUUGCUCUGACCAUAACUCCUGAGAAGAGUGAGCCAGAUUCUACUGGACAUGCCAAUGGCACUAUUGACUCUCCAAAGUCUGGUGCAAAUGCUCCUGCUCCAUUGAAACCACAGAACCCUGAGUCUAACAAAGACAAACAGGAUAUCGCUAAGACUUCACCAAGUACACCGAAACCACCUGAAAAGCCAUCAAGUUCACCAAGUACACCACAAAAAUCUGACACUACAACUACUGCCAGUACUGAUGGUCCAGUACAACCCAAAGUGGCAACAGCUAACGAGCCUUCAGAGAAGUCUCCAUCAAAGCCAUCAGAGUUAAAACCAGCCCCGGCUGCAGAUGUUGCACCAACACAAAGUGACAGUAAGCCAGUUCCAGAGUCUGCUAAUGACAAUCAAGUGCAAGAUAAGGCACCAACUCCUGUAAAAAAGGAUUCUCCAGCAGCUGAAAGUCCAAAAGUGGAAAAUGUGCCUGAAGCAAAACCAGAAGAGAAAAAAGAGGAAGUCAAAGUGGAACAGAAGCCAGCAGACUCUGCUGAAGAUAAAGAUAAGAAAGAAGAAGUAGCCGCUGACAAACCUGAGAAAUCUGAAUCUCCUAAGAAGGAAGAAGUGGUUGACAAAGUACAAGAGAAGGUUGAGGAGAAAGCUGAGGAUAAGAAAUCUGAAGCUAAACCUGCCAAAGCUGACUCUAAGCCAAAGUCGACAAUGAAGUUGGCAACAGUGACACCACCGAUGCGCAAAAGGAGGCAGGCGUCACCCAGCAAGUCCAAUGAUGGGCCUUCAUCAGCCAAGAAGCCUGCAGAGGGAGAGAGCACUCCAGAUACAAGAAUGAAAAGGAAUAGGACUAAGGUGCAGCUAUACCAGUCUCCGACUCCUGAGCUAGCGAUGGCCACCAAGCUCUCCGCUUCAGCUGGCCGCUCCACGCCGACCAAACCUAAUGAUGAUAAACUUAUCGUCUUCUACAAGAAUGAAUAUUUAGCAGUGCGCAACGCUGAAGGUGGCUUCUACGUGUGUCAAGCGAUGCAAAACGUGUACCGUACUACGCGCAAGAUCAAGAUACGCUGGCUGUCACAGGACAAGACCGCGGACCCGGCGGGCGAGACUUACAAGCCUGACUUUUAUGAUGUCACAGACAUGGAGUGCGUGCUGACGACGCUGUCGCUGUCGCGCGGCGGGGGCGGCGCGCAGGUGCUGCGAGCCAGCGAGGCGGCCCGCGCGCGCUCCAUACUCACGCGCGCGCUGCACGCCGAGGCCACCGGCACCACCGCCACCGCGCUCACUGAGGAACACCCCGACGGACUGGACCUCUCAUUAUACAAAGAUGAAUCGCAACUAGAGAAGAAGGGCCGUAAACGCAACAGUUCGAAAUCAUCGCCGAGAGCCAAACACGACAACUCUAAUGAUACAGAGGACUCGGCGACGCCCGUGAAACGCGCGCGGACAACGCCAAAGCGCAGUCCAAAAAGCGCUCGCAAAACAAAAGCACAAACAAAAACACAAACAAACAAUAAGAGAAAAUCGUCAGGUAGUACGCCCACUGUGGCGAGCACUAGCAAGGUAGGCAUAGUACAACGGAUAUAUAGAAAUACUGCUACAGCAGUGAGUGAGAAGUCUAAAGCGAAGAGUACACCAGCCAAGCGGACGCCAGCCAAACAGAAAGUGGAGACUCCGGUCGCCACACCCACGCGCAAAGGCAGGAGAGCAGCCGGUAAAGAAGCGAAAGCGUCGCCGAUAGUCCCGACGCCGUCCACAUCGACGGGUAAGACCACCCGCACGCCGAGGAAACCGCCCGCGAAGAAAUAA